AAGUCUAGCUCUUAAUGCGCUCCUGUGGCAGCUACUUUUUUGACAGCUAGUGUCAAGAAUCAUAGCCUGGAGGCUCCCUUCUCUUUCCAGCGCCGCUUCCAACCGACUGGGUGACUUCAAAGAAUUAGCCUGACUUCCGUGCCCCGCUUUCCUUAUUUGUAAAAUAGAGAUAGCAUCUCUCACUUCUCUGAGAGUCCUGGGCGCCCUGCCCAUAAAUCCAGUACAAUGGGACACUCCAUUGCUUUGGCCCGGGGAAACGAGAAUGGCAGAACCAGUUGUAGUGUAAGUGUAGACCUUAGUGCCCAGGCUCCUUCUUUCCCUUUCCCUGAUUGGACAUGGGGCCAAUGCAGAGUGGAAGAGAAGGAUGCUGUGCGGACCCUCAACACCCUUCAGACCAAUGCUAGCUUCCUAGAGCAAAUCAAGCAAGAACGGGGAAACCCACAGGUCCAGCUAGAAGCCAUGAAGGAUUAUUUGGUCCGAAGUGGGCUGCAGAUAGAGGAUUUAGAUCGACUGAAGAUUAUCCAUGUGACUGGGACUAAAGGGAAGGGCUCCACUUGUGCCUUCACAGAACGUAUUCUCCGUGGCUACGGUCUGAAAACUGGAUUCUACAGCUCUCCUCAUCUGGUGCAGGUCCGGGAGCGAAUCCGUAUUAAUGGGGAACCCAUCAGCCCGGAGCUCUUUACCAAAUACUUCUGGCGGCUCUACCACCGGUUGGAGGAAACUAAGGAUGACACUUGUGUCAGCAUGCCCCCUUAUUUCCGCUUCCUUACCAUCAUGGCCUUCCACGUGUUUCUCCAAGAGAAGGUGGACCUAGCAGUGGUGGAGGUUGGCAUUGGUGGUGCUUAUGACUGUACCAAUAUUGUCAGGAAGCCAGUGGUCUGUGGGAUAUCCUCUCUGGGCAUAGACCACACCAGCAUCCUGGGUGACACUAUUGAGAAGAUUGCAUGGCAGAAAGCAGGCAUCUUUAAGCCUGGAGUUCCGGCCUUCACUGUGUCCCAGCCAGACUCCCCCCUGGAGGUCCUGAAGGACCAAGCCCGACAGUUGCUGUGUCCACUGUACUUGUGCCCCUCACUGGAGGCCUUCGAGGAAGAAGCGCAGCCACUUCAACUGGGGCUGGCAGGUGAUCACCAGCGGAGCAACGCUGCCCUGGCCCUGCAGCUGGCCCGGUGCUGGCUCCAACGACAGGGCCACAAGGGUAUUGGGGAACUGAGGGCAACCAGGCUGACCUCCCAGCAAUCUCUGCCCUUGGCUCCUGUGUUCCAUCCCACCUGGAUUAUGAAGCAGGGGCUUUGGCACACAGAAUGGCUAGGCCGGACACAGGUACUGAGACGAGGAGCCCUCACCUGGUACUUGGAUGGGGCACACACCACUAGCAGUAUCCAGGCUGGGAUAAAGUGGUUCCGCCGGGCAGUACUUAACCAGGAGAAGUCUAUCAAUGGCCCCGAGGUUCGGGUUUUGCUCUUCAAUGCCACUGGAGAACGGGAUACAGCGGCACUACUCAAACUGCUGCAGUCAUGCCAGUUUGAUUAUGCUGUCUUCUGCCCUAAUCUGACUGAAAUGUCUCCUGUAGGGAAUGCAGACCAGCAGAACUUUACAGUCACCCUGGACCACAUGCUGACACGGUGUCUAGAAAACCAGAAACAGUGGAACCAGCUGGCAGAGGAGAAGGCAGGACAGGAUCCCUGGUUGGCGCAGGCCCCAGAACCCAGCACUGGACCCUUGCACGGGCCUCUUCUCCUGGUCCCCCCAGCUCCUCGGCCUCUCAACACCAACUCCCUUGUCUUCAGCUGCAUUUCCCAUGCCCUGCAAUGGAUCAGCCAGGGCCGGGACCCCCACUUUCGGCCCUCUAGUUCUCCACGGGGACUUCACUCCCACCCUGUGGCCAGUAGUGGGGCUGUCCUCCUCAAGGAAGCCUCCUCUAUCCAGGUGCUGGUCACUGGCAGUCUUCACCUGGUGGGUGGGGUCUUAAAGCUCCUCGAUCCCACCCUGUCCCAGUAAUGGGGCUGGAGCUCAUUCCUGGAGGGGAACAGUUCCCUCUGCCUGUGGCCUUUUCAUUCCCAUUCCUUCUCUUCCCCAUCUUUCCCAAACUUCUCCACAUCCGACAGGUGCCUUUUUCCUUCUGCUUUUGAACUUUCCAUGGCAUCCUGCUUUAAGGAACGGGAGGUGUGGAGUGGGGAGGUGAGAGUAGGGACCCUCCCCUUAGAAGGGAGCUGUGUGCCCUGGAUCCCUCUCCUGGGAGGCCAGGUCAGGAGUGGCCAGGCUGUUUGAGCCAGGCCAGGCUCAGAUGACCACAGCUCAUCUCACUGGAUUAAGACUGAGCAGGAUUCCUGGGUCUUAGGCCCUAUACAUCCUCCUGACUAACAAGCUAUGCUGACCUUUGCAAGUCCCUUGAGGCAACCCACUCUGUGCCUCAGUUAUCUUGUUACUGGAAAGUGGGAGGGUGAACCCUUCCAACCACUGCUGUUACCACCCUUCCCUCCCCCCAGUCCCCAGCACUGCCCUAGAGGGCACCCAGACUCUGACACCCCAGCCCCCCGCCUGGGUGUCCUCGGGAGCCCGGAAGCUGUGGAGCCGGAGGCCUUCCUGGCCUGGGCCCAGUGCAUUGUGUGAGCAGGCUGGCUGGAGGCCCAGGGCCCUGCUGCUUGAUAGAUUUCCUCCUCCCUGAGGGUUCUGGGAAGGUGGUGAGCCCUAACCCUGGGUGGGGUUUGGCCCUAAGAAGGGGGCGGAGCAGACUCAUGGAGUUCAAGAUGAUAAUGAGUUGAAAGUGUUUUUUUUUUAAUUAAAAAUCUUUUUCCAAGAGACUUAUGCCUCAAACUCCCUUGACAGCCCAGACAAACAAGAAGGAUGAGAUCAGAAAUGUAGUUUAGGGAGCCCUAUGUUCCCUUUGGACUUGACCACUCGGAACCUCAGUUUCCCCCGUGGAAAAUGCUGAAGCUGGA